AUGGACCUGACCUCUACUAGCUCUUUCCUGAACUCUGUUAAGGACCUGGCCUUUACAACAUCCUCUGGCAAGGAGUUCCACAGGUUUUCUUCUAAUGACUGUUCUGCUUUACUGCAGGUCCGUAUAGCUGCCAAAUUCAUCACUCAUGCACCACCCGGAGAAUUUAAUGAAGUGUUUAAUGAUGUCCGGUUACUGCUUAACAAUGACAAUCUUCUCAGGGAAGGGGCAGCACAUGCAUUUGCCCAGUACAAUAUGGAUCAGUUCACGCCAGUGAAGAUAGAAGGGUAUGAUGAUCAGGUUUUAAUUACAGAGCACGGUGACCUGGGCAAUGGUCGAUUUUUGGACCCAAGGAACAAACUUUCCUUUAAGUUUGAUCAUUUAAGGAAAGAAGCAAGUGAUCCCCACCCCGAGGACACAGAAGCAGCUCUAAAGCCAUGGAGAGAUGCCUGUGACAACGCAUUGAGGGCAUAUGUGAAAGAUCACUAUCCCAACGGCUUUUGUACUGUUUACGGCAAGACUAUAGAUGGACAGCAGACAAUUAUUGCCUGUAUCGAGAGCCACCAGUUUCAGCCCAAAAACUUUUGGAAUGGCCGUUGGAGAUCAGAGUGGAAAUUUACCAUCACGCCGCCAACGGCUCAGGUGAUUGCAGUGCUGAAGAUCCAGGUUCAUUACUACGAAGAUGGCAACGUGCAGCUGGUUAGCCAUAAAGACAUCCAGGACUCUGUAACAGUUUCAAAUGAUGUCCAAACAGCCAAGGAAUUUAUCAAAAUCAUCGAACAUGCGGAAAACGAGUAUCAGACGGCAAUCAGCGAAAACUAUCAGACUAUGUCCGACACCACGUUCAAAGCCUUGCGCCGACAGCUGCCCGUCACUCGCACCAAGAUCGACUGGAACAAAAUCCUCAGCUACAAAAUUGGGAAGGAAAUGCAGAACGCUUAAGGCAGAACUGAUGAGAUUGAGGAAACGGUGUAGCGUACAAAAAAAAAAAAAAAAAACCCCACAGACGUGGUCGUACGCCAAGUAGGUGGUUUCCAAACCCGGGCGGCAUUUUGCUAGGGCUUUCAAAGUUAACAAGUUUUCUAGCUUCAUGGAGGACUAUUGAACAAAUAGCAUUGUCUUUGUGUUUUGUGUUCCCUACCAUCUAAACUUCUUGUUACUGUAUUCACGGGGAGGUCAUCUGAAUUGAUCCACAUUAACGGUUCAGUGAUAGAGCUCUGUUUGGGAGUCACUGUAAUUGUACUGGUUGGAAAAUUUCCUAGCCGUGAAAGCCCUUUUAUAAACACAGGCAGAUGGUCUUGGGAGUGUUUUCCCUGUGCCCUUAUGCAGCGCUUCAGGUACUCCAGAACGUUUGUCAGAUUGGAAGAGGAGACGCAUCUGCCACAUUUGCCGGUCUCUGAUCUCCACCUAGCCGUGGGCCUAGAGGGUAGACUUUAAUAUCUGGAAUGAGUUUACACGAUCCCUUACAGAAAUCCCAAACAGGCCAGAUUUUCUGUGUAAGUAAUUUUUUUAAAUCCAAAGAUUUGAGCCAGGUUCCCUCUAAGUGAAUUUCUUUUUCUUUUCUUUUUCCUGGAAGUAUGGUUAACAGACAUCUGCAUUUUUACAGAGUAGCUAAUCCGGUUAAUAGUUCUUUUUUUAUUAUUGUUAAAAUGUUAGUAUUGUGACUGCUGAGACAUUUUGUCUGAAUGGAGAUUAAAUAUUAAAGAUAAAAAUGCAAAUGUCUAAGGAAUAAUAGGUAUGUUGUGCUUUAAUGCUUUGUGGCAGGUUCCUAGAGUUUGUACCACAGGUGUAUGAAUGGAUAGUGUAUUAAAUGAUAAAUAAAAGAUUUGCGCCAAAGUGAGAGAGAAAUCACUCCCACUCUGA